AUGCGCAGUGCGCGGCGGGGGGGGGGUCGUUGCCACGACGACGGCGAGCGCGCCGCGGACGCGCAGGCGGUUGCGAGCUGGCGCCGGGCGAGUGUGGCGUUGGGUCGUGGGCGCUGCGGUGCCCGCCGCGCUGAGCAGCCGGGGCGCGGCGGGACGAGCGGCCCUGAGCCCCGCGUGUCCCUGGAAGCCGGAAGGAAGGAACGUGAGGACCGCCACUGCUCCCGCCCAUUCAGCAUGCUGAAAAGCAAGGAGCGUUCGUUUAAAAAGAAUAACAUAGCAAUCACAGCAGUUGCCUUACAAGAUCACAUUUUAAAUGAUCUUCAACUUGGAAAUCUGUCAGCUGUGGGUCACUCUAAGACAACAAUACAAAAGAGAGAGAACAGAUCAAAAUAUCUAAAGAAAGAAGCAAAAGCAGUGAUAGAUACUGGACUUAAAAAGCCUUUGCGGGCACAGGCCCCCAAAGUAGAAGAUCCAGAAAAAGAGUACGUUCUUGAUCCCGUUCCACCACCACUGACUUUAGCGCAGAAGCUGGGCCUGGUGGCGAAGCCUCCCUCGCCGCUGUCCUCGCGCGAGUGGGAGAGAGUGAAGCAGAGAUCCGUCCUGCACGGGGACUCGGCGCAGCCCUGUCCCGUAUGCAAGGAGGAGUUCGAGCUCCGCCCCCAGGUGCUGCUGUCCUGCUCACACGUGUUCCACAAGGCAUGCCUUCAGGCUUUUGAAAAAUUCACAAAUAAAAAAACGUGUCCUCUCUGUAGAAAGAACCAGUAUCAAACCAGAGUCAUCUACGACGGGGCCCGUCUGUUCAGAGCCAAGUGUGCCACGAGAAUCCAAGCCUACUGGAGAGGCCACGUUGUCCGGAAGUGGUACCGAAACCUGAGGAGAGUCGUGCCCCCCAAGGACCCCAAGCUCAGGAAGAAGUUCUUGGAGGAGAAGUUCACAGAAAUCAGCCACCGCAUCCUGUGCUCCUACGACACCAACCUGGACGAGCUCUUCUCGGAAAUCGACCACUGCCUGGCCGUCAACCGCAGCAUUCUCCAGCAGCUGGACGACCGGUGCGGCCGUGAGCUCGCAGACGAGGACUGGGAGAGGAUCCAGCUGCAGGCCACCCGGCGGGAGAUGCACGAGUGCUCCAUCUGCCUGACCCCCCUCGCCCUCCACGACGGCCGGCCGGCCUCCCCGGGGACCCGCGGCGGCCGGCCUGCCCGCGAGGUGGCCCUCCUGUCGUGCGCCCACCUCUUCCACCACACCUGCCUGCUGGCCCUGGAGGAGUUCUCCCUGGGAGACAGCUUUCCGUUCCACGCCUGCCCGCUGUGCCGCUCCUGCUACCAAAAGAAGAUUCUGACAGGCUGAACGCUGUUAAAUGAGGGGGGUGGGGAGGGAGGGAGGGACACGGGUUACCCCAAAACGCUCUGGAGUUGUUAGUACAUUGUAGUUUAUUCUACAGUGGCAUAAAUCUCGGUGAAUAAAUAGAGGAACUGUAAUCAUAUCUUCUUCAUGGCUAACAACGAAACGGUCUAGUUUGAGUCUUUGUAGUCUAUUUAAAAAAAGUUAGAUUCAUAAGUCUAAUCAUUUGAAAUAAAUGAGGAACAGCUCCACUUAAAAUCCUGUCAGUAUUUAACCAAUGGCUAGGAAAUGGAAACACUCUUAAGUUCCAGACGUUUCUGUUAACACCGUCCUACAGCCUCUUCUGGUGCUAAUACUGUUGUAAUAACUGUUUUAUCUCCGUGUAAUGUUGCUGGAGGACACUGGAUGUGUUUGGUUAAACUCAAC